UGACAGCAGCGAGGUCGGUCAGGCUGGUUCCUAGUGAAGGGCUGCCCCACCUCACCUCGUCUGUACAACGCGUUCCUGACCGGUCUUACACUGCCACAUUUAUUGUCCCUGCGCUUCCCUCUUCCCAUCAGACAAAUUGCACUCAGGGACAGAGCAGUGUUUCAACAGGUUCUUGCAUAUUUUCUAGAGCUCAAAGGUUCUCUACCUAACGAAACAAACUUUGAAGACAACACUAUGCAACCCUCCUGUGGAAUGAUUUUCGUUUUUCUACUUGUAAAGUUGGAAUGGAACAAAAGCAACUCUGAGGGCAGAAACAUAAAUGAAACAAAAAAUGGAAACAGCUCAAUCAGAGAUAAUGAUCAGUCUGCAGUGCAACCAACUUCACACAGAACCGUUCUGCCCACGACUAUUGUUAUAAAUUCUUCUGCCAUCAGUCAUACUGCAGCAACAACUGUCAAUGCCAAAGAAAACAUAAUGAAAAGCACAGAGAUGAGCAGUUGGCCAAAGAGCACACCCCUGAGGGCCACUGAUGGCAUCACGUUAUCUUCAAAUGUCACUAUGGUAUCAAAAAGUGGAAUAAGUAACUCUCCCACAAACCUCAAUAGAAUCCCAAUGUCUUCAGCAACAUUUACCACAGUGGGUAACCUUUCUGGAGUGACCAAAAGCGCUGUGGCUACUUCUACUUUCACAGUGACACCAAGUAACUCCACAGCUACCCACAGCACUGCUUCAGCCGCAGUGCUUCUCAGGGAUAAUUCUUCAACCAACCCCACCAUGCUGUUCCCCACUGGUAUUACUCUGACAUCACCCAUGACAAAGCAGGACAGUUCUACACUGAACUUCAGCACCAUUCAGCAGACAACAGAGCAGAAUCAUAAUUUCAUCAACCCUUUUACUACAACAUCUAAUGCAAAAGAUGUCAGUGAAGACAAAACCAACAAAGGAGGAGUAACAGUUGGUGUCAUUGUAGGAGCCAUUUUGGUCUCUAUAUUAAUUGGUCUAGUCGGAUAUUUUAUAAGCUGUAAGAAAAGGUCGGAGUCAUUUUCCCACAGACGACUUUAUGAUGAUACAAGGAGUGACCCAGUCCUCCACUUAGACAACUCACUUGGACCACACGAUACAAGUUUUGGAUGCCUGUCAGAUGACAAAACCAGCCCAGGAGAUAAGGCAGAGGACAACGCAGAGUGCCCAUGCGAUGGCAUUCCUAUGGCUGAUAUGACACCAUCCCACCCUUCACCAUAAUGUUUGCUUCAGAUUAUACGCACAGUGGUUAUCUACAUGCUUUCAUUUUUUCCAAAAUGACGUGGUAGCUGUUAUCUUACAGCCAUUACUGCAGAAACAAUGUUUUGGAAAGCAAGGGGGAAAUCACAAGAUACACUGAUACGCAACAGGCAGGGCCCUGUAGGUGAGCAUCACUCAUACUUUGUAAUCAAAUGAUUAACCUAUGAUUUUCCUGAAAGGACAUUAUACUUGCUUUCUUAGAAACAAUAUAGACAAUUCACACCCAGUUAAUAGUCUGUCUUGUGUAACUUUGGUCAAGAAUGCAGACAUUGUAACAGAGAAAAAAAAAAUGACUGGGAUUGCAAUGAUAUUUUAGCAUCAAUUAAAAAAAAAAAAUCCCAAAUUUAAAUACCUUAAGGUGAAACUAUUCUGUCCAAAUAUAAUUUCGAUCUGAUAAAUAAUACUUCCCCCACUCUACACUUGUACCUUCCUCAGUGAACAUGACAAAAAGAAUUAGAUUUACUUUUAUUACUGAGAGGUUGAAGUUUGCUGGGAAGAAUGAAACUACUGAGUAACAUGGACUACAUUUAACCUUUGACUAGGAUGACACAGACUCAAAAUCACUAUUGAAGGGGUAAAAAAGAAGACAAGCUUUUAUCCCUCUAUCAAACUGAUUUGUUUGCACUGCAGGCUAGAUCUGUAGAAAUGAUGUAAAAGGUUUUGCUACAGGUUAGAUAGAACAAAUACUUAACGUGAAAGAAAAGGAAUUGUCUCUGUCUUGUAUAUAGACAUCCUAGAAAUCAUGGUCUGAUUUUGCCUAGCUAAAGAGUAAAAUUAUGACAGUAUAAUGCAAAUAAUUGCAUCAUUUACCUGUUUGCAAUUACUAGACAUGGCUAAAUAGAAACAAAGAAUAUGAAAAAGACAUAGCUGUAAAGGCACAGAAGAAACAAAGUGUUUCUUUUAAAGAGAAAGUGUUUCUGUUUAAAGAGAAAAUAACUACUCACAUGGGAUGUGUGCUUGUUACUAUGACUCUGUUGAACUGAUUUAUUUAGUGUGGAGACUGGAUCAUGUCCAUGGAGUUAUCUCACUAUGUGGCUGUGAGUGUUGCAAUGAGGGUUCACUUGAUAUGUGAGUAAAUUACACGCGCACACACAGAAAAACAAUGGCAGUCCCACUGCAUACAAGUUACAACAGGUAUGUAUUCCAAAGAACUCAAAAGAUUAAAGAAUUGAGUGCUUAUGUGGAUUGCUGUCAUUCUGACAGGAGUCACUCAUGAAAUCAGCACACUUCCCAUCAAAUCCAGAAUCUGGUUUCUAACACUGCUGGAUAGCAGACUGAAAGUCUGAGACCCUUGUAUCAGACUAUGUACUCUUACCUGUAUUUGGUAAGAGUAUUACACUGCUGCUUAAAAUUAAGAAAAACAAAGUUCAUCUUUCAUCUUCAUUAGAACAUAUCAUGCUAUCUUUCCUGAUAAUGGUAAAGCAGUAUCAUACAAGCCUAAUUCCUCUUUACACUUGAAACUUGGCCUCAGCUGGAAAUGGAAAGAGCUCUCUAAAAGGAGAAGUUGAACACAGACAUAAAGUCUACAAGUGCAGUCUACACUGCACUUUGUCAUAUGGUUACCAAUGUCUUUUACAAAUUUAUGAAACUAUUAUUAAUUGCAAGGCUGUAAUAAUAAGAUUAGGAGACAAUGAAGAAAUAUCAUUAAGGCAAGGAAUCAAAGUAUAUCCUUCAGAUGUAUUUAUAGUGUGCCAAUUUUUAACAAUCUAAUUAUGAUUGUUGUACUUUCGUGCAUGUGCAUUCUCAUGUACCUCUGAUGUUUCGCUGUUUUUUGUAUAUUUUUUGUUCUUACCAGAAUAGCCUCCAAAAUUUGUGGUGUUUGUUCAUCCUCCACUUUAAGUUAGAAUCAUUAAUACUUACCCACACAUAUUAUCUAAAUAAAGCUGCCGUGUGCCAUUUGACUCUAUUUGAAAUGAAGAAUUCUGGUUUGAAUUCAGACAGUUGUAUGUAUGUGAAGGGGUGCUAUUUACCCAGGGUUUACAUAGAUAAACAUUUACAUUGGUAAAAUUAAUUAUCUCUUGUUCCAAUACCUGUCUUCCCUACCUUACAGCAGCAAAAGUAGCUUCACUGAAAGCUAAUUCCAUCAAGCAUUUCAUGCUGGAACCAUUACAUCUGUCUUUUACUGUAGUAUUACACUGGCCUUUUUAGAGAGGCAGGACUGCUCUUGGUAACUUGUGUUCAACAGUGGCCUGGCUGUCUAUCACCCUGCCUGAGUUCAUGCCCCAUAAUAUGAUGUGUGUGAUGUCAGAGUAAACACAAUGGGAUAUUCAGACUGAGAAUUUGAAUAUAAAUAGUUAAACUGCUGUAAGCACUUA